AUGAUCAAAACAAUAUUGUGUAGUUAUAGUAUCAUUGGUGCACUGAUUCCUCAAAGAAGUAGUUACAAUAUUGUCAAUGAUCAGAACAUCAGCAACAUUAAUUCAAACCCUCAACAACUAUCAAAUAAAAAUGAUACUAUAAUUGAAUCUCAAAGUGCUUUCCAAAAUGAAAAAGACGAUAUUGAAGAUGGAGAUGGUAUUAUAAGAAGAAAAAAAGCCAAUACCAUUAAACCCCUUGGCAGCUCUAACAGACAUGGAUAUUAUUCGAAAACCGUGGUAUUUAUAGCAUUAUUACUAUUGGCCAUCAUAGGUCCAGGGAUAAACAUUGCUGUCAGCCGAAGUGUAUCGAGAGAAAUAAGAUACAGAUACAUAAGUGCGCAACAAUGUUCAAGCUUAAAUGAUUGUGGUAACCAUGAUUAUGGAAACUAUUCUCAGUUAGAGACUGAUCAUAACAGUUUGAGGGGGCUUCUUUACAAUUGCUUAAAUGGAAAUUAUACCCGAGUGUAUCAAGAUAAGCUUUCAAUGUCUGAUGCCAUUACAUACAAAAUUAAUUCACAAGUUGGUGUUUCUAAUGUAACUACUCAAGGAACAUAUGAGAUAAAUCAAUACUCGAGUGGUUUUAGUCUUCCAAGAAUUACAUUGACUCAGCUUGCAAUCAACCUAAACGAUGUAAAUCAGAUAGGGUGGCCAACCGAUUCUCAAGACAUUUUUGUGGACGUGGUACCACCUGAAAAUGUUAUUCAAGAUCAAAUAAUGUCACAAAUUGCUUCUUUAGCUUACACAAACAAUACAUUACGCAGUACUGGAGUCACAGGCUCAAGAACGUUAAGAAAUAUCCAUAUACAAUAUAACGGAAGUGCAAUAGAGGGUAAUAACAAAAUGUGCUUGACAACGGCUUUAGUCAAAAUUGAUGUUAAUGAAUACUAUGUGGGUGGCGUUAGUAAUGCUGGCACUUAUUCCCGAAUAAAUAGCUCUGAUAACGAAAUAACAAGUUACAUGGGAGGAGACGAUUGUAUGAUAACUCCAAUAUCAAUUUACAAUGAUAAUUCUGAGGCAUAUGAUUCAGCGUCUGGAUUUCUUAACGAUAUAAGUGCUAACAAUGAUACAUUAGACAGCAUUUUAACCGAAAAGUAUUAUGCGAAUUGUGCGACUGACAACACAAACACAACAAGCAUACUACAAGUUAGAAAGGUGUAUUCUUCCACAGGCAUGGGGUCCAGUCAAAGUGUAAUGAUUGAUAUUAUAACGCUCAACCAGACUAGACAAGUAUAUUGUGAUACUGUUUCCCCACAGCUGGUGCAGCGUAAGCCAAUAUACACAUCUGACAGCCCUGGAUAUAUUGCUUCUGGAGUUGGUGUUAAUUUGUUAAGUGUGUAUACUGACACUAAAGAUAGUGAUGACGACUUACUAGAUGUUUCUGGGUUGAACAAUUUUGUGAAAUACCAAUAUGUGACAACAACUGCUGUUACUUAUUAUAAUGUUAAAGUUCAGGUAAUUGUGCUUUUGUGCUUAUUAGGAGUAACGAUAUUACUCAAAGUUAUACUUGUUUACAAAACAAUUGGCGAGCCUAAUAUUGUGGAUGUUGUUAAAGAGGUGGUACUGGAUGGGUAUUGUUACGUUAACCCUUUUACUGUGUUUACUAAAAAUUAUGAUUUACGAGAAGUGAGCUGUGGAGCAUAUUACGACAGUGUCAAAAACGUCAACCAUUGUGGGAUUGUGUAUAAUGAUACUGUUUAUGAACAACCAAGAUCAAAUGUGUCUUGGGGGAGCCGAUUUGGAAUGUCAAGAACUUAA